AUGGCGAACACGGUUAGCGAUCAAGGACAGUUCCUCCGUCCUCUUUUAUACCCCGGCAACCCCGCCGGUUCAGUCUCAACAGCCCAUGGCUUAAGAUCUUCGACAUCGGUAGUUCCUCGCAGCGGAACCUACGGCACAAUGAACAUGGCUUCUGCGGACAUUGAGAAGCGGCCUUUGGUGGUCAUGAGGGAAGAACUCAUUCCUCGCUCAGUCAAGCAAGCCCGAACACGACGGGUUCUCUUGUCAGUCAUGUGGCUCUUUGCUUCACUCUUCGUUACGGGGUUUGUCUUCCAUGUCCUUGGUAUACCGUCAUGCCCGAUAUCCGAUAUCCACGAGCAACUCUCAACGGCAAAUGGAACUUAUGGCCAUCAGGUUGAAGGCCUCCAUCCUACCGAACCAGCAACUCUCGACCUUCUCAAAUCACAGCAAAAAGCAAGGCAAAUUCAGUCAUCCGUCACAACUUCGUCUGCUGCCGCGGAGAAAACGGUCCUGAGAAACUUUGAGGUUGCGCCGCCAGUAUUGAUGCCUUAUGGCCCGGCUGAUAGCGAUGGAACAACACCCAUUCCAGCUGGAUCAACUCAGGAAGCAUGUACUGUGUUGUUGAUGCGCCAUGACUUUGCUUUCAGCUAUGGAGUUCCGUACAUCGGAGACUACACGCCACCUAGUUGCAAGUUUAACCGAAUUGUGAUGAACUUCACCGUUGUCAGUGAGGGGAGACAGUACGACCGCCUGGCAUUGAUGUACCUUGGUGAUACCGAAGUUUGGAGAACUUCAACCGCUGAACCGGUGGCGCCGCCAGGAAUUCGAUGGGAAUAUCUCAAGGACAUGACCGAGUACCUUUCCCUCUGGCAACAGAAGCAAAAGAUCAUUUUUGAUCUAGGCAACCUUGUCAACGACAAGUACACCGGCAUUUUCAACACCACUCUUACAGCCACUUUCUUCUAUAGCGACGUCGCAACCAAUGCCGCUCCUCCCAGCGACCUCAUUAUCCCCAUCUCUGCCCGGCAGUCCGCCAACAACGCCGUCAGCCAGUUCACCCUCCCCACUCAAAACGCCACCAACACCAUCUCCGACUUUCCACUCAACGCCCGCCGCGCCGUCUUCUCUGUCUCCGCCAACGGCCAAGGUAACGAAGAGUUCUGGUGGUCCAAUGUCCUUCAAAGCGACACCAACGCCUUCUCCGACACAGUCGGCGAACUCCCCGGCUACUCGCCCUUCCGCGAGGUCCAAAUCCUCAUCGACGGCCACCUAGCCGGCGUCUACUGGCCCUUCCCCGUCAUCUUCACCGGCGGCGUUGUUCCCUCCUUGCAUCGACCCAUCGCCGGCAUCGAAGCCUUCGACCUGAAAGAACACGAAAUCGACAUCACCCCCUGGCUAGCCGUUCUCACCGACGGCAAACCUCACGAAUUCACCAUCCGCAUCGCCGGCAUCAACGACACCGCGUCCUCGUCCUCCUCUGGCCACAAUGCAGUCCUAACAGACCACGUCAACGAAUCGUGGUACGUCACGGGAAAAAUCUUCAUCUGGACCGACUCCCACUCCCACUCCAACUCCAUCGGAAGCAACAACAACAACAACAACAAUGACAACAAACUCCCCACCAUCGACGGUCUCACCCCCCUCAUCACUGUCUCCUCCAUCCGCGCUCCCCCCUCCUCCUCCAACUCCUCAACCCCAGAAUCCAUCACCUACACCACAUCCGUCAAACGCUCCCUCCGCGUCCGCUCCCCCUUGGUAACAUGGACCCAAACACUCAGCUACACCAACAAGGGUCUCGUCUCAGCACAGGGCUAUAAUCAAUUCAACGACAUGCUCAUCUCCGGCUCCGAGUCGUCGUCGUCUUCCUCCUCUUCCACUCACGACUAUGAAACAAGCUACACAUUUCCAUUACUUGCCAACAGCACCUACUCCGUUUCGCCCCAAGGGAACUUGAGUAUAUCGGGGCACUUGAUCCAGGGAAAGACGGUUGUCGUCUCUGGGCAGAUGACGUUUCCGGACUAUGAUACUGUGGCAUUUAAUGGGGAGGGGAAGAGUCCUAGAUACAAGGAGUCGAGGCUGGAGACGAAGAAGGAGGGGCAGGCGUGGUAUGAGCAGACUGGGGAUGGGAAGAAUAGUACUGGGUCUGGAGAUUCCAAGCAGGUUUUUACCUUUGGGGGCGUGGAAGCCCAAGGGGGAAGAGGGGAGGAGUUGUAUUUUAGGGAUGUGGAGGCGAGGGCGGGGAGGGUGGUGAGGGAUGUGAAGAGGUUGGGCGGGAAGGAUGUGGUUGGUGCUGCUGGAUAUGGAGAAGUGGGAGCAGCAGCAGUGACAGCGGGAGAAAAUGAUGAUGCGGCGGGUGUGUUUGGUGGUGUACCGAUGGUUGGUGGUGGUGGUGGUGAUGGAGUGAAGAGGGGAGGGGCGAUGAGGAUGUUUUUGGGGAGGAAUAGGUUUUGAUAAGUAUACAAGUAGUUAUAAGCUCCAUAGAUACCUAGACAUCAGGACUAAGCAAAGAAGUUUUUGGCAAUAUGAACGCAUGGAAGUUCAA